UUUGCUUUCAAUCCUAUCGCAGUAUCUCCUUUCUGCUUCUAACGCAUUCUCAAGUACCGGAUGAAUCGAUUCUCUCUGUCUGUCACACACUCUCCUCUUCCUUUCGACUUCUUCAGCUCCAUAUCUCAGCAGCGCUUUCUUGGCCUUGCUUCCGUAUUCCCCUCACCUCAGCAGCCCCUCAGGCCCGUCCGCUUCCCCCAUCUUUCUCAUCUCUGUGCACGAUAGCUCUUCACACCCCUAAUAAGUUGUUUCAUUUAUCCUCUACACUGAAGUCUCUCCUGCAAGCUGGCCUCGGCGGGCUUUGGGUGCUCUCACCGCCUUGGCACGUGCGCCAAGACCGAAUUUGAGGGCGGCUCUCAGGGGGUGGAAUGGCGUGGAGCGGACCUGCAACUGGCGCAGCACAGUACCAGCCACCACCGUUCGCUAACGGCCAGCCUGGCUACAGCCAACCCCAACAGUACCAGUAUGGCCAGCAAGCGGCCUACGGUCAGUAUCAAGGCGGGCCUGCUUAUCCUCAAGGUGGCCCUCCGCAACGACCUCCCGACAAUCGGCCUCCUAAGAAGAAAGGCAACCCAAUAAUCACGCGAUAUCCUCCACCGCCUGGCUAUCGCGGGCCUGCUCAACCCCAAGGUCCUUAUGGAACCAAUCAGAAUCAGGGUCAAUACCAACCUCCUCAGCAGGCCUACCCGCAAGCAUAUUCAGGGGCCCCAAGCUACCCAAACCAAGGUUAUUCAGCACCAUCCACCUAUCCACCAGCUCAAGGGUACUCACCCCAGGGCUACGGACCCCCACAGAACUACCCACCACAGCCUAACUACCAGCAGCCACCAUACUCGCAAGGACCAGGCUAUCAGUAUCCGCAACCCGCUUACCCACCUAAUCAGGGUUAUUCGCAAGCUCCAAGCCACCAAGGCGGUCAUGGUGGUCAAAGCUAUGCACCGCAACAAGGUUCCUUUCAAGGAUAUCCGCCUCAACCCGUUCAUGUAGACUCGAACCAACAAGCUUUCUCUCAUCCUCAUGGCUGGCAGCAAUCGAACGGCCCCACAGCGUACAGCCAUGAUCAGUAUAGUUCAUAUGGUGGCGCCCCGGCCAUCAAGCAGGACCCAGAAGCUACCCCAACACCGACAUCGGCGCAAAUCGCCGGGACCCAGCAGACCUUCCCCCUAGCUCAAACCGAAGGCCCAAAAAGUGAGCAAUCUGCUGGGGAGAAGCCCCAAUUAUUCCUCGCCUGGGAUGACUGGGACUUCGAUUUUGAUGGUGCAAUCUGGCCAAAGAGUAAUGAGCCCGUUGACCCGAACUUGAGUCUUGGCGUUAUCAUCUGGCGUCCAGCGAAACAAGUCACUCGUGCGUUACCUUGCACAUUUAGUGAUGCCGAGGAACAGGCCCUCAAGCCUCCAGCUGAGAAGUUAGGCAAUGGGGAGUCUGUGUCUAAUUACUUUACUCUUGAGAACUCACAUGAAGCUUUCUUGGAUGUCCGGCAAACAGAUGAAUGGCCAAACAUCAGGGCCGAUCCAAUUUUUGUUGUCUUUGAUGACAACGACGUUGACCUGAUUCCAAUCGAGGACUGUAUAUCGAAACGCGAUCGUCCUGAUGAGCCCUUCGAAGAGGCGCAGGGAAAUGAGGACGAGGAUAUGAAAGAUUCGUCUUGGAAUGUCAUGGACAAUCUUGAACAGGCCCUAUCAGGUGAAAUGCUAGACACAAGGCCUCCACCACCGACUAAAGACGUGAGUUCCUCUAGGAAUCAGACACAAGAAGACAUUCUAGCGGCACUGGGCGUAACAGGAUCGCCUAAACCACCAUCGAACGAGCCCAUGCCAUUUCCGUUCCCCUCAGUUGAUGAAAAGCCGCCGGCUUCGCUCCCAGAGAAGCCUCCUGCGCCCCAACCACAGCUCCCCUCAGAACAGCCGCCUCAGAGAUCUCACUCAUACGGAGGUCAUCGCAACUCCGAUUAUGUACCUCGACCUCAACGUCCAUAUGGAUCAAUGUCUUCCUCAACUCACACGCGGCCGCCGCCACCUCCUCAGGAACGAAGACACGUCGAUUCGUGGACCUCUGGGAAUUCUCAGAACUACAUUAAUGAGCACGCUCUCGACGGGUCUCGAGAAAGCCCAGCAAGGUCUGAAGGGAGCAACCGAACACUUGUGGGGUCUGAUUUCGAGGCCGAACCUCCCGCGAAUGCCAAUAGUGGUGAUAAAUCUCAACCUCCAAGUGUCCCAAAGUUGGAACGGAGCGACAGCUCGUUCUCAAGAAAGCGAAGUUACGAUGAUACCGAUCAAGACGAUGAAAAACUACGACAGCAGGAUGAUCACACGAGGCGUAAGAAACGCCCUCAGGUGGCUGCUGCUUACAGUCGUCGGUAAAUUCAUCUGACAAGCCACUUCCAAUUGCGGGUUCCUUUCUGGAUCACCCUUUUCUCGACACCCUAACGUCCCGAUACCACGACCUUCCCCUCUACAUGUUUAUUACCGCUUUCUCCACCAACUCAUCGCUUGGUUUUUGAAGACAACAUCCUAUCACUUCACCUUCAGUUGAAUGCGAUUCCGGUUGUGUAGGAUGACAGGCAGUUGGGGAAUCGUUGCACUUGCCUUCAGGAAUUCCAAUGUUCGCCUGCUGUGCUAAUGAACAAACUA